CCCGGGACGCGCCAGUGCGCGAGGCACGGUGAGGACCUGAGCCGCUUCUGCGAGGAAGAUCAGGCAAUGCUGUGCUGGAUCUGUGACACUAGCCCUGAGCACCAGAGCCACCGCACUGAACCGCUGCAGGAGGCUGCCAGCCGCUACCAGAGGAUGCUCCAAGCAGCUUUGGAACUUGUGAGGAAGGAAAUGGAAGAGGCUCUGAUGCAGGAGACUAACGUGGGGAAGAAGACUGUCAUUUGGAAGGAGAAGGUGGAGAUGCAGAGACAGCGCUUCAGGUUGGAGUUUGAGAAACACCGGGGCUUUCUGGCCCAGGAGGAACAGCUGCAGCUGAGGCGGCUGGGAGGGGAGGGGAGACUACGUGACAGUAGGAACAGGCUGGUCCAAAGGAACAAGGCCCUGAAGGAGCUAGCUGAAGAGCUGGAAGAGAGGAGCCAGCAGCCAGCCCUUGGGCUUUUGGAGGGAGUGAGAGGAGUCUUGUCCCGAAGCAAAACUGUCACACGACUGGAACCAGAGGCCAUCCCCUUGGAGCUGAAGACGGUGUGCUGCAUCCCUGGUAUGAGGGAGAUGCUCAAGAAAUUCCAAGCCUCGGUACCUGUGUUCCAAGAUGAGCGACCUCGUCGCAUUGGGAUCUUUCUGGACUACGAAGCAGGAGAACUCUCCUUCUACAACAUCACAAAUGGGUCUUAUAUCUACACGUUCAGCCAUCUCUUCUCUGGCAUUCUCAAACCCUACUUUUUUGUCUGUGACACGACUCCUCUUAUCUUACCUCCCAUGACAGAAGCAGGGUCUGGAAACUGGACUCCCAGGGGUCUCCUUGAUCUCGCUGCUGCUGUUAGAAGCGAGGAGUACUAA